GAGAGCGACAUUACUGCGCUUCUGCACUCAGCGCACUACAGAGUUGGUGUUUAAGCCGUUGGCUAAAUGUCUGUUGCAGGAACUAAAGUUUGGUUAACUGAUAUUUGGCGGAUAUUUUGGUGAAAUCCCACGGGAUUACUUAUUUUCUCUCUCCAGAAAGCACCUGACCUGACCGUGCGGAGAGGCAAAGAGUGAAGCCGAACAUCAUGUCUAUCCUGCCGUUCACACCUCCGAUUGUGAAGAAGCUCCUUGGAUGGAAGAAAGGAGAGCAGAAUGGACAAGAAGAGAAAUGGUGUGAAAAGGCGGUGAAGAGUCUCGUGAAGAAGCUGAAGAAGACGGGGCAACUCGACGAAUUGGAGAAGGCCAUUACUACUCAGAAUAUAAACACGAAAUGUAUAACCAUACCGAGGUCUCUGGACGGGCGUCUGCAGGUGUCUCACAGAAAAGGCCUCCCUCACGUAAUCUACUGCCGGCUGUGGCGCUGGCCGGACCUGCAGUCACACCACGAGCUGCGUGCUAUAGACCAGUGCGAGUUUGCUUUCCACACAAAGAAGGACGAAGUGUGCGUCAACCCCUACCAUUACCAGCGUGUGGAGACACCAGUUCUUCCUCCGGUACUGGUUCCCCGACACACUGAUAUCCCUGCUGAGUUUCCCCCUCUGGAUGACUACAGCCACUCUAUCCCUGAGAACACCAACUUUCCUGCAGGCAUAGAACCUCUGAUAAACUACAUACCUGAGACACCCCCUCCAGGGUAUCUCAGUGAAGAUGGUGAAAGCAAUGAUCAGCAGAAUCACAGCAUGGACACAGGUUCCCCAAACUUGUCACCUAGCCCUGUUUCCCCUGCAAGUAGCAACCCUGACCUGCAACCGGUAACAUAUUGUGAGUCAGCGUUCUGGUGCUCCAUCUCGUACUAUGAGCUGAACCAGCGGGUAGGGGAGAUAUUCCAUGCAUCGCAGCCCUCUCUCACUGUGGACGGCUUCACAGAUCCGUCCAACGCUGAGCGAUUCUGCCUGGGUUUGCUGUCCAACGUGAACCGCAACACCGCCGUGGAGCUCACACGCAGACAUAUCGGUCGGGGAGUACGGCUGUACUACAUAGGUGGUGAGGUGUUUGCAGAGUGUCUGAGUGACAGUGCCAUCUUUGUCCAGAGUCCUAAUUGCAACCAGCGCUACGGCUGGCACCCCGCCACAGUGUGUAAGAUUCCUCCAGGCUGUAAUCUAAAGAUCUUCAAUAACCAGGAGUUUGCGGCUCUGUUGGCUCAGUCUGUGAAUCAGGGAUUUGAGGCUGUGUACCAGUUGACCCGCAUGUGCACAAUCCGCAUGAGCUUCGUCAAAGGAUGGGGAGCAGAAUACAGGCGCCAGACUGUAACCAGCACCCCCUGCUGGAUAGAGCUACACUUAAAUGGCCCCCUGCAAUGGCUAGACAAGGUGCUCACCCAGAUGGGCUCACCCAGCAUCCGCUGCUCCAGUGUGUCAUAGAUGACCCAGCACCACUGACUUCACAACCAGGAAGCACCAACCGCAUGAGAAGGCUGGACAGACAGACAGGCGUCCUCUCAAGUGUUUCCUUUUAGUGUCACUCCACUGCUUGCUGGUUCAGUCAUUUCCACACACACAGAGUUUUGAGCACUUUCUAUUGCUGAUACCUAUACAGCGUGGCUUGUAUAGCUGUGCAUGUUAUGUAGAUCUGUUUUGGUCAUACAAAGAUAGAUAUAUAUUUUGGCUGUUGUUUUUUUUUUUACAUUUAAUUUUAAGCUCGGCUUAAAACACGAGGCAUCGAACCUUACAGAGUUUAAACACUUCAUAUCCGUUGAAGACGGAUAUGGAGAAAUAACUGGUGAAGUAGAUUUUUAUUAUUAAUCGCCUACAUACAGCUUGCAGUACGUGAAAAGCUGCACCCCUUAAAUUUGGGGAAUCUGUCCGAAUUUCUCUCAGGCCCAGCAGUUUGCUGUGCACACAUUUACCAACUUCAUAGGCCCUUAACCUGAGAGGGUUAGUACGGCGUCCCCACGGCCUUCGUUCGAGCAGCUGCGUGGGAGUAUAACCCCCUAGCUGUUGGCUGUUUUCAAGUGAACAGUAGCUAGGUACUGCUCUUAUGGUGUGUUGGUGCUCGCAUGCCAUACUGGUCUACAUGCACUGAGCAGUUCAGCACAAUUUCUAGGAUGAUUCAGUGCUGUUGAUCUGGUUAGUAUUCUUUUUUUUUUUUUUUUUCAUAGUAUGAAAACUAGAUGUCUGUCUAUUUUCAAAAUGAUACAAAGCACGUCUUGAUACAAGAUGUCUGAAAGAUAUAUUUAAGAUUUAUGUUGUGACUUGGAGCUAUUUUUAUGCGAAAUUAUGUCAUUCAGAUGCUACUAAUUUUUUUUGACACUGGUUUCAGGAAAAAUAUCCAGCAGGUAUAAAUCAGUAUAAAAAAAUUUUUUUGAUCCAAUACAGAAUAUUUGGGUGAAUUGUGUUUAUAGUGCCCAACAGCACAUUAAGGAUUUGGUAAGGAACUUCUCAAACACGUCAUUCUGUGAAGAGGAAGGUGUCUUGUAGGUGUAAUUAUGUUUUGUGUGGUAAAUCAUGUUUAAAAUGUUAAGUCUUUUUACUACAUUCACGAAAUCAUCAGCACACGCUUCGGCGUAGAGCAUGUGUUCCACUUUCUUUAUCUACAGAGCGUAUCAACAGUUUCGGAUUUUUAAUCGAUAUAAAACUAAGCUCAAAGUAAAUAAAGUUAUUCACCAUGGUCCAGAAGACUGCAUGUCAAAGACCAGCUACAGCUUUCUCAAUCGUUCUCCAUAACAAGUUGCAGUGCAAUUAAGCUGGAAAGGGCUACACAUGGCUCAAAGGCUCAGGCUAGGAAAAUGUGAGAAUGGUGUCCCAAAAAAAUGUACAUCGUUAUCUGUGUGUUAACUUUGACAGCCUUUUGGUUAUAAUGUUACAAGCCCUUGGUAUGUUUUGUAUCAAAUACAGAAAAAUUGUGCAUUUUUAUGGUACUUAUUCCAGUGUAGCGCAACCAUAACCAUGUGAAGCACUUGUCUUUACUACUCUGUCAGAGAGUAAACAAAUCAUUCUGUUAAACGCUGGAAAUUGAAGUUUGUCAGUGACAUAACUGUAUCCAUUGUUUCAGGAUAAAAAAAAAUUAACUUGCAAAAAAAAAAAAAAAAUGCAUUUUGCUUAAUAUUAGAUUUUGUCAUUCUUAUUUUUGCAUAACACCCAGACUGGAGAGUUCAGCAGUGUCUUGUUCUAUCACCCAGUGUAUAUUAUGUCAGAGCCUGUAAGAAGGGCCACAGUGAGUAGCACAGAACCAACUGCUUUACGUUUCUUUUUUUCCUCUCUCAUGCUUUUUGCUUUGCUACUUCUUGUCGCAGCCUCACCUUUAUUAAAGUGAUUAUUAAAGUGAUAUUGAAAGCUUGAUGAAUCAAGAAACGUUACAUGCAGCAGCUACAGCUAUUCAAGGCAGUAUAUGUAGUAUUAGAGAACCAGGAGGAACUCCAGUGUGUUAUAGAUUUUUUUUCUUGGCAAUCCUGGUCAAAUUCCUGAACCUCGAGCUUCAGAGUGGUUAGACCCAGGCUGCCUGUGAGUGACUGGAUCAGAGCCCAUGUUUAUCAAGUGUUUUAACAGUGUGCUGAUCCAAGAUCAUUGCCCUCUACUGCUUUUACCCUUGUACUUGCAUAUAUGUAAAUAUGAGAGAAGGCCUAUCCUGUCUGAGGUUCCUUUGUUCACCGACAUAGGAAACAGAACUAGCCCAAGAAAAAAAAUAACACUCUACAUACACGUUCACAUCCUAUGGGUGCACCGCAGUCACUUGUGAAAUUAAUUAACUGAAGUUAAUUCACUUAGUAUACCAUUAUGUAUGGCACAUCAAACAGAGAAUUCAAACUCGGGACCAUCUGGGCACGUGAAAGAAAAAUGCUUCAUGCACACAUUUCUAUAUGUCCAAUUCUGUGUCACUGCCAAUUAUUUUUGUGUCAAAGGGAAUGGAUGGUCUAUUGUAAAUUGAAGACUAUAAACACAUUUUUCGAAAGAAUGUUAUGGUGAGGAAAGCACUGCUGGCAGCUCCUGAUGUGUGCUCACAUUUUUAUUACAGCAGUUCAAUUCUCUCAUGGGAUGCUCUGUUCUCAUGGCUGGAUAUAUAUAAGAGAGAGAGAGAGAGAGAGAGCCAGGUCCUAUCAGUAAGAUGGGCGUAUUAUCUUGUAUGUAUAAAGAUUUUGAAUAUAUAAUUACACUGACUGGAUCCUUUUGAUUAAUUGCAUGGUCUUGCACUUCUUUAAUUUCCAACAAAGAUCAGCACUUUGUUUGAGCAGGCACACUUUAAACUGCAGCUGCCUCCUGCCGAUAGCUUAGGCAAUUACAUGUUGAAAUAUUGCUCACUUGUUUCCUCUCAAAACUCUUAGAACUUGUGAAAAAUGAGCCUCAUCAGUGAACUCAUAAGGAACUGCAUUUACAGAAUUGUUGAUCCCUGUGGUUUGAUCUCCCCUAAACUGUGUGUCCAGUGCCGUGGACUCUGCUGGAUCUCCUCCUGUAACAGUGUCAGCAGUGUCCAUGUAGGGUCAUGAUGCUUGUCCAUUUUUUUUCUUUUUUUUUUCUCAAAUUUAAAUACCGCUUUGUAGUUUCAGGUUCUUAUCCAUACACUCAUUAUGUGAGACAAAUGUAAAUCUCUGUUUCUGUCUUAUGGUUUCAGUACUUAAUAAUUACCCCUAUAUAUUUUUUCAGGUAAUUUAGUUUUUGCCUUAAAUCAGCUUUCUCUCUGCUACCGUACCUUCAUAGAUUUUCCCUUAUAUUAACUGUUGAAGCUAUUGUUAUAUCGCUUCAUUUUGUUAUUCAUAAAUUUGUAAUAAAAUAUGUAUUUUAAACUGGA